AAUGUGUGGGCGGCUCCCUCUCCCUCGUCUCUCCGUUUAAAACAAUCAAAACUUACCAAAACUCUGUCUCUAUAUAUAUAGCUUUCAAGUUCACUAGCUAUACAGACAAAGAAAGAGCUCGAACAGAAUUGUUAAUUUUAUUAAUUUAUAUAUUUAUUUGCAGAAAAAGCUUCGAAAAUGGAUCCGUCGCCAUUGACAUUCACCGAAAUUCAGGUCGAGACCGCGAAAUUUCCCCCGGCAGUGAAGCCUCCUGGAUCGGCUAAGACUUUGUUCCUCGGAGGCGCAGGAGUGAGGGCGCUGGAAAUCCAGGGAAAUUUAGUGAAGUUCACGUCCAUCGGAGUUUACUUAGAGGAUAGCGCCGUAACAUGGCUAGCUGGAAAGUGGAAGGGGAAGACGCCGGAAGAGUUGACGGAGUCCGUCGAGUUCUUUAGGGAAAUUGUAACUGGCCCUUUUCAUAAAUUUACUCGGAUAACGAUGAUAUUGCCAUUGACGGGGAAACAAUACUCGGAGAAAGUAGCAGAAAAUUGCGUCGCAAUUUGGAAAUCUCUUGGAAUUUACAGUGAUGCAGAAGCCAAAGCCAUCGAUAAAUUUCUUGACAUCUUUAAAGAUGAAAAAUUCCCACCUGGCUCCUCUGUUCUUUUCACUCAGUCACCCUCUGGUUCUUUAGCGAUAAGUUUCUCGAAAGAUGAAUCCAUACCAGAAACAUGGAAUUGUGAGAUAGAAAACAAACUACUUUCAGAAGCAGUGUUGGAGUCGAUUAUCGGUAAGAAUGGGGUUUCUCCAGGGGCAAGACAAAGCAUGGCCUCAAGGCUUUCAAAAUUGCUGAAAGAGACUGGUAGCACUAUUGAUCAUAAGGUUGCUGGCGAGAUCAAUGAUGACAUUAAUUUGGAAGCUGCAAAAGCAUGCAAGGAGAGGGAUGUGCUUCCAAUGGAAAAUGGAAAGCCCAAAGUGACAAAUGAAUGAUUCAGUGAUUAUGAUUUGUAACCUAUGCUCCAAGCUACUAUCAUUUUCAUGUCACCAGUUGAAACACCGCUUUAUAAUGUAUUAUCUUCUUUUGAAAA